AUGGCGGGCCGCAGUGGGGCGAGGUGGUACUGGCCCCCAGCCAUGGCGGGGGCAGACGCACCCCCCGGCGCCGUGGCACGGUGGCCCAGGCCCCGUCCAUGGCGGGGCGGACCCGCCCCCAGCGUGGCAGCGCGGUGGCCCUGGCCCUCGGCCACCGGCGCGGCUGCUCCCUGGCAAGGGCGCGGCCAACUCCCCGACGCGGGAUGCGUCCGUCUCCACGGUGCGUGCGUGGCCGAGCCCCCGGCCCCGGGAGCACACGACUCCGUCGGCGUGAACUCGUUCUGCUGUCGCCUCCUUGCCUUUUCGCCGACCUCGGCUUCCCGCACAAUUGCCGCGCUGCCGGCGCAGGAUUGUAGCACAUCGGCACCUCCUCCGAGGCGGACUUUGUUACUGGACCUCGAUGACACGCUCGAUCCAAGUCCAGCAGCCAAUAGCUCUACCUUCUCCAACCACCAAUCCCAGCUACAAUCCAUGGCCUGCUCCUUAAGUCCUACUCAACAUCUUCCUGUUCUCGCCAGUGAUGGCAAGGCGCUGCAGGCACCACGCACAGGAACUCGCUGCCCACCACUACUUCGACCUCCUGUACGCAUCCAACAAUCUUCUUCAUUUGCUUUGAUGAAACGACUAAACUCCUCACAACAAACGGUCCGGCUCCGGUCGUCUCCUUUCAGUGGGGUUUCCAGCCAAAAGAAACCACGCUUCAAGGAGCAAGGCAGCCGUUCGGCAUCUCGUGAGCACGUGGUGCCACCUAAGAAGAGGAAGGCACCGCAUGUGAGGAGGUCCAAAAGGGAUACUUCGCCUGGUGUUCUCAAUGAUGAGGAUUGGGCCAUGCUCGAGCGGGAGGAAGAUGAGCAACCUCUUAAACAUGGCAAAGAAAUGAAGACUAGGAAGUCUGUGAGUGACCUUCCUGCCAUGCAAGAGCAGGAGACCUGUGUCUUCUAUCCAACUAGGAAGCAUCAGCAUGGUGCCAGCAAGUAUUUGAAGAGGUAUCCUUCCUUGAUCUUUAGCAUGUUGAGGUGCACCAUCAUGCCUAAGGUGGGAAACUUCGAUGUUGUUCGCUUUCCGUACUAUGAAGUGAUCCAAGGUGUUCUGUCUGGGGACAAGUUGAACAUGGUUGAGUGGAUGGCCGCUAGGAUGAUGGAGUGCAGGGCUUUGGAUGAGAAGUUCAUCAUGCAAGAACAGUUCCUUAGGGACAACUUCAUUGAUCCGAUGAUUGCCAAGGUGAACAGCCUGGCCGAUCAGAUGGAAAGGAUGGCCACCAAGGAAGAAUUGGGUGAGCUUCCUUCUGAGAUUGCCACACAAGUCCAAGCUACUGGGCAACUCAAGUGGACAGCCAAUGGUGAUUCCUCCAGGAGCCUUCCAUCCUCCGUCGUACCUACAGACACCACCGCCGCAGCAGCCUCGUCAGACUCCGCCCGACCAGUGAUUGUAGUCAUGCCUCGUCGUCAUCAUACUCCAGAGUUGGUUCCGCUCCAGUCCAUUAAGGGGGCGUUUAUUUGA